GCCGCUCCCGGCCACCCCUGCACAGCCGAGCUGCGGGCACCGGAGCACGGGAGGAGCCGGGGCGGACGGACUGUCUCCCUCUGCUCCAGGCACAGGACCUCAGCCUCUGCCACCCCCUGCACACCGCAUUUCUGCAGCCCCCGUGGGACCCUGGAGCAGAGCAUCAAGCCACUGCUGCCACGUGCCCCAGAGCACAAGACCCUGCUCAGGGCUCGCAUUGGAAAGCUGCUUGUGACUGAAGCAUAUGGGCGAUGUCUGCACAGGGGAUGAGCUUCCAGGAAGUCACGGUGUGCAGCGAGAUAGCAAACCGAAGAACAUGCUACACUUAUAAAACGUACCGCGAUGACAGAGGUGUCCCCCUGGCCAAAGGGAAGGAGAGCAUCGCAGAAGCAGCGAGGCAGAGCGCGCUGGACAUCCUGAGAGACGCCCUGAAGAAGAAGGACCGUGUGCUCAUGGAGACGCCCCGGCACCUGAUUUGCUGCGACUGUGAAGAGCCCAAGUUGUGGAUGGAGCGGUUCGCGGUCCUGACAGAGCAGCGGGUGAGAGACCUCAUCUUGGUGCUGCAGGAAGCCAAGCUGGUGGAGGAUCCUUCCAGGGGAAACCUUCUUGCAAAGAGCAGCCAGAAACAUGGAGACAAAACCAUUUACCUGGGCCCGCGAUUCUGGGAGGCUCCGAGGCACCUUGACAAGGAUUCGCAGCCGGGGAUUUUAAUCCACGAGGCCUCGCACUUCCUGGGCGCGCAGGAUGUCUCCUACCAGCCAGUCAGCAUCUACGUCGGCUGCAAGGGGCCGAUGGUGAAAACCAGCUCGCCCGACCCGGCCAGUCCACGGUUUGUUCCUCUGCCGAACGCGCUGCCCAGCGCCAACAACGCGGAGUAUGAGUUUGAAGUGACCCUGCGGCACCGGGGAGACUACGCGCAAGGGAGAUACUCCUGCUGCGGGGAGACGGCGAGGAGCUCCGUCUGCGAGAGCGCCGUGCCCAUCGAGCUCUUCGCUCCUCCGAACGACCUGGGCAAAUUAGAAGAGCUGAGCAUUCCUGAAAUACUGAGGGAGAGGCUGCUGCCGGCCCGGGACAGGCUGCAGCAGCACGUAGCGGCGCUCCGUGUAAUCGCCGACGCUGUGGACGAGGUUCACAGAGGAGCCACGAUAGCAAACAUUACCGGAGGGGCGGUGGGCAUCGCCGGCGGGGUCACCACCAUCGUGGGGCUCUGCCUCGCCCCCGUGACCUUCGGGGCAUCGCUGAUCGUCUCCCUCGUGGGACUCGGUGUCUCCACAGCCGGCGGGCUGACCAGCAUGGCAGCGACCACCACCGACAUGGUGCAGAGUCGGGUCAAGAAGGAGGAGAUCAACGGGCUCCUGGGCCAGUGCCAGGCUGAGGUGCAGCUAAUCCAGCAGUACAUGGAGUACGUCUCAGUCCGGGUGCAAGAGGCCAAAGACGGUGCCGGGCUCAAUCUGCUGUUUGCAAUCCCGCAGAUCGGGGCCGGAGCAGGGCGCACUAUUCUCAACACCAUAAAUAUGGUCAGAGCUGGAGAGCUGCUGGCUAACGCCAGCCGCGUCGCGAGAUUCGCAGGAACUGUCACGCACGUCCUGACAGCCCUCACGCUGGGCCUGGACAUCUUCUUCGUAGCCAAGGACUCCAUAGAGCUCCACAAAGGCGCCAAGACGGAGCUGGCCAACAAGAUCCGAGAGGCAGUCGCCGAACUGCAGCAAGUGAUCGACCAAGUCAACGACGUGUAUGAGGUGCUGACCGGGGAGAAACCCGAACCGGACCCCGAGGAAACGGGCAGCGCCGCAGGGUCAGCUCCCAGCGAGUGAGACUCGGGGACCACGGACGUCACACCGCCGUGCCCGUCUGACUGGGAGGUGAUUCACAGAGCACACCCCCCAGUCACCGUUCAACACAAUCACAGUUGUUGCGUGUCACCGCGUGAUUCAAGGAAGGUCUAAAAUGAGGUGGCGGGUUGCAGUCAGUAGUGGUGUUUGUUGCAUUGUUUGUACACAGAUCAGAGCAGGUGGGAACAUGCACGUGCUAGAUUCACGGGCAGCCUGCCUGUUAACAUCACCCUCUGCCCCCGGGACACUGUUCCCGGCAGACCGGGGCCUUUCCCACGCUGGGCUCAGCCCAAAGCAGAAGUUAAGAGGUGCUGAGAAGUUUGUGUUCUGCGCUUGUUAAGAAAGCCAGGAAGCUCCUGGGUGCUUCCCCAGGCGAGGCGCCAGAUGUGCACACUGGGAAACGGCCAAACCAAAUUAGCUAAAACUUGGCUCAUUUAGAGAGUCCACUAUUUCAUAGACGAGCAGGGAUGCCGGCACCGCCAUCCGCUCUGUGGCACAGGCCAUUAAGUAUCACCAAAGCCCCGCACGCAAGCCCAGGGGCUGUCGAUAUACGAGCCGUGUCAGUGCCCAGCAUAUUACAGCCGGCGCCGGAGGGGUUUCAGCGCCUCCAGCCCCCGCAGGGCCCUGGUCUGGUGCAACCUGCGCGUGCCCAGCCAUCCCCGGGGCAAGAACCCGUCCAGAUCCCGGCCU